CCUAUAAAUAACCAAUUGAGACAAAUUUAUAACCCAUCAAACUAACCAUGAAACAACCCAAAUAUCUUACGCCCAAAUGAAAUCACCCGCUUCAUUUACCGUAGUAAACAUGGGGUCGAGACAAGGACAAAUAAACAUAGAUCCCUAUACGUGUGAGAGGGGCAGAUGCGACCAUAGCCCCGCCCAUGGCACUUGAGUCCGCUUGGAUUGGCUUCGACGCAAUCGCCAUCAGUCUUCCACGGUUUGCCCACAAUAUAAGUCUAUUAGUGACCUAAUGGAGGUCUUUGAACAACACAACGAGAUCUCAACAUCUUUUAACAACAACAGCAUCAAGCACUACAAUGAAUGCAAAGAAUUCUACAACAGCUACAUUGAAAUCGAGGACAAGAAAGAAGAUUUCCUAGAGAAGACUUAUAGACCGAAAUUAGAAGACACAGCGCAUUUAAACACACCGUUUUCCGUCAAAGAUAUACUCAACAUCAACCAGACAAACAUAUACAAUUAUGAGAAGACUGAAACUUGGAAGAACGAACGACGAUACGACUACAUGUACCAGCCGCAAACGUGCCCUGAAUACUUCGGACAAGUUUAUCCAAAUAUCCCUAUGCAUACAAACAUAGAGCCUUAUUGGAGCGAGCCGUACCACGACCCGAAGAUGGAAGAAUACUACAGCUACCCCCCUUACUGUCACAACGUGUGUCAAAGCUUCGACCAGUACGUACUGCCUCAUGUGGAAACAAAGGAACCUCAAAGAGAGCUGCAUACGCCGACGUCACAGUUUCAAGACAGAUUUGCUGAGAAGACCGUGACACCUGUUGAGGAUCCACCGGAAUAUCCUGCUAUGGAAUUUGAGAAGCUGCCGGCAGUGUCCAGGAGAAAUUCAAAAACUCCGACAAGCCCGUGUUCAGACAAGAUGGACAGAAAAGACAAGAGAUCCAAAAGAAAACCCAGGAUCCUGUUCUCCCAAACUCAGGUCCACGAGCUUGAGAAACGCUUCAACGCCCAAAGAUACCUCUCAGCACCGGAACGUGAAGAAAUGGCCAAGUACCUACACCUGUCACCCACGCAAGUCAAGAUCUGGUUCCAGAACAGACGGUACAAAAGUAAGAGGAUCAAACCAGAUGAAGUAACCACAUCUACUGACGCUAAACCAAGCAAGAAUAUAGGCAGAAAGUUUUUCAAACCAGAAAGUAAAGACAAAGAAGAUAUUAGCUUUGAUACCUUUAAAUCUAUCGCUGAUACAUAUGAAAAAGACGAGUCGUUGACUUCAACGAAUUAUUUCGAAGAUACCUUUCCUUACGAAGAGAACCAAGAUAAGUUUUUCAGAGGAAAGACUGAGGAAAAAGUUAGUUCAAACGUGGGAAUGUACUAUGUUAACCAUUCUUACGAAAUGCCUAAAGACUACAACGAAGCGCCGGAAGUUAAAAAAUAUUUUUCUAAAUUACAAUUUGUUGACAGUUUUUAACGUGAAAUUAGUUUUUUAGUGGUUAUAUUAUAAGUAAGUUUUUAUUGUUUCGACUGUUAUGAUUUGAUAUAUUUUAGGUUAGUUUUUUUGGUUUUUAAGUUUUUUUUGGAGACGUACCUAAUGAUUUUAUACCUACGUCAAAAUUUUUAGUUAUUUACAUCUUGCCUUGAAAUGUGCCAUUUUAGACUGAAUACCAAAGUAUUACAACUAUUUUGUUACUAUGUACUUAAUUUAGAUUAUGUAUUAUG